ACUGAUGGCAUUAUUAGGGAGCUAACAAAGACGGUCUGUUCGCAAUGAAGGUUACGCAACACGAAGGCACACGUGAGGUCUCUUUCCAUCGGGCAAUGGCGAAUCUGUUCCAUCCUCAUCUGUUGAAGUGCCUCGCUAGCUUCACGUUCAGCUCGCAGUACAAUAUGAUAUACGAGAAGGCUGAUUGCGAUGUGGAAAAGUUCAUGAAAAUGAACUCAGAUCCGCGGAAGCUCCCUGACAUGAGGCCCAACGAUUUGGCGCAACAGCUUUUUGGCUUAGCCGAUGCUCUCUCGGUCAUCCAUAACCAAGGUCAAAUUGACCCUGGCAACAGCUUCAACCUUCUUGUCCCAGGUUCCGAAAAGCCGAAGACCGGCUACAUCCAUGAUAUCAAACCUGAGAAUCUCCUCAUGUUCAUCUACGAUGACAACGGUAAGAAGACGUACUGGUUUCGGUUGUCAGACUUCUCGUGUGCCAAGGUGGUUGAUGUCCUCACUUCGGUAAGCGGCAAGAACAGACACAGCUGGCAAACAGUUAGUAAGUCAGGCACACCUGUUUAUCGAGCACCGGAAUCCACCGCGCAAGGCAGGACUUCUAGGCCAUACGAUCUCUGGUCCCUUGGCUGUGUCUACCUGGAGCUUCUGGUAUGGUUCCUAGAUGGCUAUACAGCGUUGAUAAACUUCCGCGAUAAACGUGAGUGCCAAGUCACUCCAGGCGGCCGGGAAGAUGAGGGCUUCUACUACGCACCCAACGCUGGCGACAAGUUCAGGUUACGAGAGGUUGUUUUGAAGAAGAUGGAGAGCGUGUCGAAGCGUUGCGAAGGAUCUCUCCAGGAGGUUGCCAACGUUAUCCCACAGCUACUGCAAAUUGAUCCAGAAGGGCGGCCAACUGCGGAACAGUUGGUCAAGAGCCUGAAGCAUAUUGACAGUGGCGCGCGACCACCAGUGGAGGUCACUUCUGAACAACAUGCCGCAAACGGUACCUGCGCUUUGUCAGCUCCGGUGGACAUAUCCGACUCCGAUUCAGACUCCAGUUUCGGUGGCAUGGUCAGGGUUCAGCAUCCUACGGAGUGAUACAAGUCGUAUACUCUGAGUCGUGAUCUUAGCGUUUUUUGUAUCUUUCCUUUCAUGUGUGUCUACCUUGUAUUGAGUAUGGUUGUGCGGAGUCCGGGUAAUUUGUACAUCUACGGGCUGGGACUUUGUUCCGCGUUCCGCUUCACAGGCUCGCUGUCUAUGUUGUUUAUUUCUUUUGUACUUUGGUUCGUUAUAUACGACAGCUGUGGGUCUGUGUUUCCUUAUCUUCAUGUUGCAGAAUGUAAGUGGGGAAGGUGGACAUUGGGUCGGGUGCCUGCUUCGGUAUGCUAAUCAAAUCUUCAUCACUACCCACUGUCGGAACACGAUGCUCUGCCAAUGAAGGGUCAAUAGAAGGAGGACGAUGGUAGCUAUUUGAUUGACAUUAUGGUGUUAACACUUGAAC